CAGCAGAAUGCAGGGGGGAAAGGGAAAGGUUUUGCUGUUAUGGUGUUCUUACACGGAGACAGCUACAGCUGGGGGUCAGCUGCACUUUAUGAUGCCAAGGUGCUGGCUACACUUGGAAAUAUCAUAGUUGUUACCUUCAACUACAGGAUAGGGUUGCUAGGAUACUUGAACCCAAACCCUGCUCCUGAGAGACGGGGUUCUGUAUCAAACUACGGGUUGGUUGACCAGCUUGCUGCUCUUCAAUGGGUUCAGGAGAAUAUCCAAGAGUUCGGGGGAGACAAAGAACGGAUAACCCUGGUUGGACAGGGCCGGGGAGCAGCAUCAGUAGAAUUCUUGGUUCACUCACUCAUGGUUCGACAAACUCAUUUCAAGAGAGUCGUUCUUAUGUCGGGCAGUAUCUUCUCUCCCUGGGCCAGGGUAGAGAACCCCUCAGAGGUUGCAGUACGUGUAGCUAGACAAUUAGGUUGUCCUAUACCAGCUGAUUUAAACAUGCAUCAUUCAACUAUUCUACAAUGUCUCCGAUCUAAACCUUUAGAUGAUUUGUUAUCUGUAGAUCUUGGUCCAACACUAAGUUUUCUAUCCAACAUUGGUCCAUCAUUCGACGGAGUAACAAUCAAGAAAAACUUUGUCAAUAUUCGAGGAAAACGAAGUUUCGAAUCCAGGACGUACGAUUCUCUGAUUGGAGUAAGUUCCACAGACUGGGUUCAUGAACUAGGAGAAAAUAUGCUCCAAGAGGGUCUGGAUACUGAACAAAGAGAUGAGAUUCUACGAACCUUGGUAAUAAAUAACUACGAAGCAAGAUACAGAGAAAUAUUCUUAGCGGUAUCCAACCAAUAUACAGAUCUUAAUCAGGAUCCUACAGCAAAGAUGAGAUUGCGUAAUCUUACGCUAAACGCCGUGAGUGACGCACUUUACGCAGCACCCGCCAUACACAGUGCCGGAACAUUUCUCAGGAGGAAAAACUCCACUUAUUUCUACAACUGGAACCAUGGAACCAGGAAUGGAAUGUAUCCCCAGGGAACUGGUAUAGAUGGUUCCUACGGCCAGGAACUAGAUUAUCUAUUCGGAGUUCCAAUCUGUAAUACAUGGAGACAUCAGGAGUAUAAAUAUACCCGAGGAGAAGCUAUUCUAUCAGCUGUGAUGAUCACGUACUUCAGCAACUUUGUUAAAACAGGGAAUCCUAAUUCUCCAGCUACGGUUGAGGAUCUAAUUAAAACUAGAAAUGAUGCCAAGAGAAACAAAAUGGUUGUUUGGGAACCUUUUGAUUCACAGAGAAGAUAUCUUAAUCUAGAUGUUCGUCCAGAAAUGAAAGAAAACUUCAAGCCGAACGAGAUGGCUCUUUGGUUAAGAUUGGUUCCACAGCUUGAACUGACCGGCACCUCAAGUAACCCAGGGCACAGUCAGCUGGUUGGAAGUACCUGGGGGACUGCUCGUAAUUUAACUAGUUCGCCUGGAGUUCAACAGAUGUCUCUGGGUGACGUAUCGGCCUGUGAGGACGCAAAACAAGCUAGUAAAUACAGUAAAGUGUACACUGUCGGAAUUGUGUUUGGAAGUAUACUUGUUGCUGCUAACACAGUUAUAAUUGUUUGUGUUUAUUACAAAAGACAAAAUAACAGAACUAGAUGGGAACGAGAGGCUAGAGGCGUAUCUACUGAAUGUCUCAAUAACUCGGUUUUAGAACCUCAGGCUGUUCCUAGUUUCUCUACACCAGGCAGGACUGCAACUUUACGCAGACAAACACAUCAACAGCCAGACAGACAAAACGUUCCUCUUGUCACAUUUGACGAUCAGAGCGUUCCAAAUUAUAAAUUAAAAACUACAGACAGUUCCUCCUAUAAGGUGUGCUCUAGUGUUCCUUUACUUACAGACAUACCCGCCCCCAGACAGUUUGUGGAUAAGGUUAGAGGAGAAACAUCUUACAGAGAAGAGGAUACCAUUACGUGUUGAUCUUAUACCUGGAGAUAUAGUCAGGAUUUGAUUCUAUACCUGAAGAUAUAGUCAGGAUUUGAUUCUAUAACUGGAGAUAUAGUCAUGAAUUAAUUCUAUACCUAGAGGUAUAGUCAGGAUUUGAUUCUAUACCUGCAGAUAUAGUCAGGAUUUGAUUCUAUACCUGAAGAUAUAGUCAGGAUUUGAUUCUAUACCUUGAGAUAUAGUCAGGAUUUGGUUCUAUACCUUUAGAUAUAGUCAGGAGAUAAUUCCAUAAUUCCAUAAACAAUUAGACACAAUAUUUCUAUUGACUUCAGUCUGUUGGAGACGGUCAGAUGUUUAAUUUUUCACAAAUUGAUUUUUCACUAGGAUACAGGUUUGUUUUGAUUGUAUACCUUAAUGCAGUCACGUGUUGAUUCUAUUAUAUGUGAAUAAACCACGUGUUGAUUUUAUAACUGAAUACAAUCAGGUGUUGAUUUUAUAACUGGAUACAAUCACGUGUUGAUUAUAUACCUGAAUACAAUCACCUGUUGAUUUUAUAACUGGAUACAAUCAACCACGUGUUGAUUUUAUAACUGAAUACAAUCAGGUGUUGAUUUUAUAACUGGAUACAAUCACGUGUUGAUUAUAUACCUGAAUACAAUCACCUGUUGAUUUUAUAACUGGAUACAAAAUCACGUGUUGAUUAUAUACCUGAAUACAAACACGUUUUGAUUAUAUAACUGGAUACAAUCUCGUGUUGAUUUAAUAAUUGGAUACAAUCUCGUGUUGAUUAUAUACCUGUAAUCAAACACGUGUUGAUUUUAUAACUGAAUACAAUCACGUGUUGAUUAUUUACCCGGAUACAAUCACGUGUUGACUUAUAUCUGGCUACGAUCCCGUGAUGAUUAAAUGCCUGGAUUAAAUCAUGUGUUGAUUAUAUACCUGGAUACAAUCAGUGAUGAUCAAAUACCAGGAUAAAAUCACGUGUUGAAUUAUAUACCUGGAUACAAUCAGUGAUGAUCAAAUACCAGGAUACAAUCACGUGUUGAUUAUUUUACCAAAUGUUGAUUAUUAAUUAAGGUUUCAUCAUUCAUGCUGUACCUGGUUACAAAUUCAUUGAUAUUUUUUACUUGGAUAUAUUAACUGAAUCUACCAUCUACUUUUGUAUUUACUGUAUGCUUUAUCCGGGAUAUUAUAGAGGAUAGAAAAAGGAAUUUUUUUGAAAGACAUUUCUUUUAAACAUAAUUUAGAUUUUCUGGAAAAUCAAGAUUCUAACCAAAUAGUAAUUAUUCCAUGGAUAAUUUUUUCUAAUUUAAAUUUAGAUUGGUAAACAGGUGAGACAAGAAAUUUUAUAAUUUUUAAUAUAUAAAAUAUGAUAACCUUCAGUCGUUCAAGCCUUUCCUCAAUUUCCUCAAUAAACUACUCACAUUUGAAUGCAUAAAUUUUAAGUAGUCGGCCCUUUAAAUUAAUACAAUGAUGACGACUUCUGUUAAAAAAUUGAUGUUUAUGUGUUUCUGCUGAAUGAAAGUUUCACGAAAUCAAAACUAUUCUAUAAAGUCUUCGUUACUGUAUUGACAUAUACGACGACCAUUGUACAGAAAUUUUACCAAUCACUUCUUGAAAACUAAAUAUAGAAACCAGUUACAUCAUUUUAUCUUGAAAAAAAGCGUGUUCAUCCAGACCAAGGGCAAAACAAUAUAAAUUUUCCUAGCUUGAAUGUGAAACUUGGAUUAAAGGGAGUGUUCGCGAAAAAUUAAAGGGGGUAUAGGCUUAACGCGAUAAAAAAGCG